AUGGCAUAUGGAAGUCAUGUUUAUAGGCAUUGCACAGAAUUUGUCAGCACGACUUGUGUGCCAUGUGUUGACUCUUUCACUUCUGAGCCAACUGAUCAUCUGCACUGCUUUAGCUGUGCAGUGUGUGAUACUGGAAGCCGUGUUUUUAGACAUUGCACUGAAUUCACCAGCACAACAUGCAAACAAUGUGUUGGUUUGACUUUCACGGAUGAACCCAAUGGUCUUGCAAACUGCAUUAGCUGUACGAUGUGUGAUGCUGGACAGGGAUUAAGAAUAAAAACGGCCUGUACACGGACUUCAGAUACAGUUUGUGAGCCGCUGGAGGGAUUUUACUGUACUGAAGAAUACAGCGUCAGCUGCAGAUACGCAGUGGAACACACAAAAUGUAGCCCCGGGCAAUACAUUAAGCAGAAAGGAACAGCAUUAAAAGAUGCUGAAUGUGCAGAGUGUGCAGAUGGGACCUACUCCAAUGGCUCCCUUCAAAUUUGUAAACCACAUUCAAAGUGUGAAGAUUUUGGACUUACAGAAAUAACAAAAGGGACAAAUUCUUUGGAUGUUGAAUGUGGAAAAAAACUUCCAGUGGUUCUAAUAGUUGGAGUCUCCCUAGUUACGGGUGUAAUUUUGGCUGGAUUUCUUAUUGCUAUUGUGAGAAUGCGUAGGAAAUGCCAACUUAGAGAUGGUACUGUGAGGAAAACAAGACAAGAGCCACAUGGAAGUGCUGCUAUAUGUUUACAGGACAUAUUUACUUCACCAAAGCACAGAAAGGAGACAUGUGUUUUUAAACACACUGAUCAUGGGGCUUCUCCAGUUGAAGAUGACCAUGGAUGGUAGAUCAUGACCAUGAGAUGGUAAAAGACGUUCAGGGUAACUUUUCUUUAGCGUAGAUGAAUAUCAUCUUUCUUCAUUAAGUUAAAGACCUGUUUCAGUCAUAUUUCAUUUUUCUUGAAGCUGCCAUAUUUAUGACCAUCAGGUUUGACCAUUGGAAUGGAACCAAUGCAUGCAAAACUAUAUAUUCAGCACAAGUGUUACCAUUGUGAAAUCUAACAAUCACAGAGAUUUGCAUUUAAUCCACAGUCCAUCUCCGUAUACCAGUGAGCGUCAGAUGGUUGUAAAGUGUCCUGUUUGUACUUCAUAGCCGGAUGGGCUGAGAAAAUGAACAUGAAAAA